AUGAAGCGGAAAAUAUUGUUGUUAACACAGAAGACAUUGGCACAAGAAGUUAACUUGACAGCCGACGGCUAUGGAGAGGGGACUAUAUCAAAGGAUAUUGACAGAAAGGGUGUCGAAAUUGAAUCAGAGACAGAAAAUUUUAUCACAGAAGGUGCCUUGAACUUCGGUGUUAGUAAUAGUGAUAACGUCCCUAACUUUGAGCAAGCAGAAAGUGUGGAUACUGAACUUGAAAUAGGAGUACAAGUGGACAGUCCAUCAGAAUUUGUGUCGGAGAAUAUUGCAGCGGACAUUGAAAUUGAGUCGCAAAGUUAUACUUUGAAUGCAGAAAUCGGGCAAACUGAGGAUUCUCCGGACGAAAAAAAUGUGCUGGCCACAGUAGCACUUCAGACUACAACAAAUUUGGUGAACGGAGACGAGUUUAAGCGUGAAAAUGGGCUUGAGCUGGACGAUGUGAAUGCAACUAAAUUAGCUAAAGGAAUAGAAGUCAAGGAUAACACAGUUACUGUAGAGCUAACGAUACUUGAUACAAGUGAAACUACGACUGAGGCGGUGAGUAAUAGUUUAAAUAACACGGAUGAAGUGAAAGUUACAGAGUCAAGCAGUGAUGUCACCCUAACGGAGGAACCUCAAACAGAAAUCGCUUCCGAUCACACAACUGAAACGCCAGAAGAAUCGGUAACAAAGAAUGAUAACACCACAACUGAAGCGCCUAGAAUUCCAACACAAAAAUUAUGUGCCACACUAGGUACCUUUGCAGCGGAAAAUGACUGCCGUUCAUACUUUACUUGUACACCAAGCGCCAUAGGGGAACUUCAAAUACAACCAAAGAAUUGUCCAAACGGCCAAGCUUUCGAUAGGACGCUUUUGCGUUGUUCUCGUGACCUCUCACCAUGCACCGGCAUAUUUUAUUGCAACGCAGAGGGCACAUUUGCCGCUUCGACCGAUAACUCAUCCUAUUAUUGGUGUGUGGCAUCUCGUUUAAGCAACGGAUUACGCGUCUAUCACGUAAAGUGUGGCAAUGGCCAGAUCUUUACGCCAGAGUUGGGUAAAUGUUUCGUAGAUAUGACAAGUUUGCAUGACUUAUCGCUGAAUUACGAUUUGUAUUUGAGUAAGUCGCCGGAUGAGGAGUGCGUGCGUGAGGAGGUAAAAAUUAUGAAAGCGGAGGAGAAGGUAAAACUCAAAGAGGCAAAGUUGCGUGAGAAAAUACAACGCAAAUAUGAAAAAGAGUUGCUGAAGAAAGCUGAAAAAGAAGCAAAAGAACAGGCCAAAUUACAGGGCAUAUCACUAGAAGAACAGGUCAACUUCAAUUGUACUCAGGUGGGGAGUUUUGCUGCAGCCGCAGAAAACUUCUAUGACUAUAUCGUAUGCUUAAGUAAGAAAGGAGAUUAUAAAGCGGUUGGCAUGAAAUGUGCGGAUAGCCAAAGCUUUUCAGCUGCUAAAGGUUUUUGUACGCUAUAUCAUUGA